AUGAGUCAGCAGCAGCCUGCCUGCGAGCUGCCCAGCUUGCAUGUGGACCAGGUGGAGGAGGAGAUGGUGUGCGGUGAAUCCAAAGACCCCAGCGGCAUGGAGGACCUGCGCCCAUUAAAAGUAAGCAUUAAUUUAGAAGAUAGUAAGCAACAGGUGUCCAGGAAAAAGGGCCCAGGAAUGAAGACACCUCGGUGUUAUUCGUCCCUGUCUCAUUUAACUCGAAGAUUUAUGACUCUUCUCAGAUCUAGUCCUAAAGGUGUUGUUGACUUAAAUAAAGCUGCAGAAACACUGGGAGUACAAAAACGAAGACUGUAUGAUGUCACCAGUGUCUUAAGUGGAAUCAAGCUGGUUGAAAAAAAGUCUAGGAACUAUAUUCAAUGGAUAGGACCUGAUCUUAAUGAAUUGGAAAUACGGCCCGAACAGAGGCAGCUGGAGAGGGAGAUUUCUGACUUAUCAGCGAAAGAAGCAGCUCUGGAUGGAUUAAUUGAGGAUUGUUCUCAACAGUUGGUUGACUUACUAGCGGACAGAGAAAAGCGAAGACUAGCAUAUGUGUCAUAUCAAGAUAUUCAUAGCCUUGAAACCUUCCGUGAACAGACUGUAUUUGCAGUUAGAGCUCCGGCUGAAACCAGCUUGGAUAUUUUACUUCCCCUGGAAGAUUCUGCCGCAUUACAUAUGAAGAGCACCACAGGACCUAUCGAUGUUUAUGUAUGUGAAAUGGCGGAGGAUCUCCCAAGUAAUGAAACAUCGGAUGGUGUAGGAACCUCUUCGUCCGAAAGCGCACAACCAGAAUACCCUUACCCUGAGAAAGAAGAUGAUCCUCCAGAGCAGAGUGAGGAGUUGCUUGAAGUGACUAAUGGCAUGUGA